AUGUUGGACAAGGGUUCCAUUGUAAUCCGCCAGGCAACUCAAGAAGACUUGGACGUCGUGUACAACCUGAUUCGCGAAAAGGCUGCCUUUGACCAAUCGCUUGGUGACAGCCAAACCGUCGUCCUAGUCACUCUGGACAGUCUAAGGGGCACACUCUUUAACGAAAAUCCUUAUGCACACCUCCUGCUAGCGACUUCCGAUGACCGUAUCCUAGGCUUGGCGCUCUACCAUUUUUGUUUCUCAUCAUUCCGCGGACAGCCGAGUCUGUGGUUGGAUGACCUGUUUGUUCGCGAAACCUAUCGUAACCAAGGCACCGGACUCGCUUUCAUGCACGAAUUGGCGGCUGUGGCACACACCCACGGUUGCUCACACUUGUCCUGGACGGCCCACGCACGUAACACGCGCGGCUUGGUGUUCUAUGCCCGAAUCGGCGCC